AUGUUAAAGGAAAACUACACGGAAGUGACUGAGUUUAUUCUCCUGGGACUGACAGAUCGAGCUGACUUGCAGCCUGUCCUUUUUGUGGUCUUCCUAGUCAUCUACCUGAUCACAGUCAUUGGCAAUAUGAGCAUGAUUUUAUUAAUCAGAAGUGACUCAAAGCUUCAGACUCCAAUGUACUUCUUCCUCAGCCACCUCUCCUUUGUAGAUCUCUGUUAUGCUACCAAUGUCACUCCUCAGAUGCUGGUCAAUCUCCUAUCCAAGAGAAAAACCAUUUCCUUCCUUGGUUGCUUUACACAGUUUGACUUUUUCAUUUCCUUGGGGCUCACAGAUAGCUAUAUGCUCACAGCAAUGGCUUAUGACCGCUACAUGGCCAUCUGCAAACCCUUGUUAUAUGGCAUCAAAAUGUCCCGAGGUGUCUGCCUCUCUAUCGUUGCUACGUCUUAUAUUUAUGGCUUUGCAAGUGGUCUUGCACAGACCAUCCUGAUGCUCCGCCUCACCUUCUGUGGACCCAACGAAAUCAACCACUUUUAUUGUGCAGACCCACCGCUCUUAGUCCUGGCCUGCUCAGAUACUUAUGCCAAUGAAACUGCCAUGUUUGUGGUGGCUGGUUCCAACCUCAUCUUUUCUCUCACCAUCAUCCUCAUCUCUUACAUUGUCAUCUUUACAGCCAUUCUGCAAGUGCGUUCUCCAGAAGGGAGGCACAAGGCCUUCUCCACCUGUGGGUCUCAUCUGACAGUUGUCGCUAUGUUUUAUGGGACACUGUUCUGUAUGUAUCUGAGACCACCUUCUGAGGCAUCUGUAGAACAGGGCAAAAUUGCAGCUGUUUUUUAUAUCUUUCUGAGUCCUAUGCUAAACCCUUUGAUCUACAGCCUUCGGAACAAAGAUGUUAAAAACGCAGUAAGGAGAGUUAUUCAAGAGAAAUUUUCUGUCAAAUUAGGUACACAUUUGGCCAGAGGUCUGUAA